UAAAAAUCUCAAUAGGGUUAAUUAUUGUAUUAUCUGAGCAGUUGCAAAAGCAUUUAAAGGUGAAUCACUGGGUGUGGAAAGCUGUUCCGAUACCCUUAUCAGCCCAAAGGCUGAAAAAAUGAAAACCAUCCAGUGAAAUGCGGACAAAGAACCAGCGUAGAUUAGCGCAUCAACAGCCAAAUGAUCAACACACGGAAUCCGGAAAGCGACGAGGAGCAGUGUUCUCUACUGGCGGCGGACAGUUCUGCCAGCUCGGGAGCAGCUGCCUCGGGAUCCGAAGAGGAGACCUCAGUCCGCACCAAACUCAAGCUGCGGAAGAUGCAGCGCCGCACGCGCAUGCCGCUGCCCAGGAUGCUGAGACGGCUGGGAUGCUACACGCUGAGUGCCUGCAUCGUCUUUGUGCUGCUCCUGGUCUACCUGCCACUCAUCUACUUGGAUGUGCACAACCGUAGUGCUGGCCUACCCGAUUGGACUCUGGAAACCACACGCAGCAUUGAUGACUACCUGCAGCAUGGUCACAAUACGGCUCUCAUUGUUCCAAGGGAUUUCUGCAAGAGCAAGACCUUCCUGGUAAUCGCCGUCUGCACUGGAUUAGAUAACUUCAUUCAGAGACAGACCAUUCGCGAGACCUGGGGAAACACCACCGAGUUCAACUAUCCGGCCUUUGUGAAGCUCCACGGUCACCUCAAGGGACAAUACCUGCCGCCUUUGCCGGAGCGUCUGAAGCUGUACGGAGAUUACCUGCACGGCGAGGGUGACUCAAUGAUUGUCUCGGUGCGCAUUGUCUUCAUCGUGGGAAGGCAGCGGGAUGACGAGCUGGCGGGCAACGAAACGCUGACGCGCAUUCACAGCGAGGCGGAGCAGUACAACGACAUCAUUCAGGAGAACUUUGUGGACAGCUACAACAACCUAACGCUGAAGUCCGUGAUGGCCAUGAAGCACAUUAGCAAGAGUUGCUCCAAUAGCUCCGCCUUCUUCCUCAAGUGCGACGACGAUACCUUUGUGAAUGUGCCCAACCUGCUGCACUUUCUGCUCGGAGGCACUAUACCGUUGUACAACGACACCCUGGAAUACCAUGAUCGGUCCAACUACAUGGUGACUGCAGCACACAAUCGGUUGAUUGCCAGCAGUGAGGUGCUUUAUGGCCACCAGUUCUGCAAUGUGGUGCCAGUGAACGAUGUGAACAGCAAGUGGUACAUGCCCUCGUACAUGUUCAAGCCAGAGGCGUAUCCUAAGUAUCUGUCCGGAGCUGGCUACCUAAUGUCCAUCGAUGUGGUGCAGCGGCUGUUUGAGGCCUCGCUCAAUACCUCACUGGUCUACCUGGAGGAUGUGUACAUCACGGGGUUGUGUGCGCAAAGGGCCAGGAUCAGUCGGCAUCAUCACCCGCUCUUCAGCUUUGCCCACUCCAAGCAGCUAUGCGCCUUUAAGGGCACCAUCACGCAGCACCGGAUGAAGGACGACAGCAUGGCGGAUGCCUGGAACCAUGUGGCCGACUACUCCAUCAAGUGCCCGGCACCGGGGCGCUUCUUUAGCCAAAUGCGACUCCGCAAGCGGCCCAUCUGUUAGGAUUCCAGGGUAGGUCCCUGUAUCCACCAUAUCUUUCCAUGGCUCCGGUUCUCUGGUGAGCCCCAAACUAUAGAGUUAUCUUGCUUCGGUAGAGAUGUUUGACUUUUAGUUCCUAAUAUUACAACAUGCUGCGGAUAAGAUAACGAUUCGGUUAAACGCAGUAAUCAGUUGACAUGAUUGCCUGGCAAAAAUGAAUUAUGACCGCACAUAUUGUUUAUGAAGCAACGACGUCGACCGCACUUUAUCGAAAUUUAGUUUCUUGUAAAAAAAUUCAACUUGAAUAAUAGCAUUGUUGCUUUGAUAAAUUAUUGUUGGCAUUUGACUU